ACCCUCAGUUUAGCGGACGCCUUAGGGGCGGAGUGCGGAGUGUGUGCGUUGGUGGGUGGGGAGUUGAGAUUGCUCUGGGAGGCGGAGGAAAACGCUGGCUAGCAGGCGCCCUGUGCGGUCACCGCUGUUCCUUCCCGGGCUUUUUGCAUCCGGAGACCCAGUCCUCCAAAGGAUAGCAGUUUCAUCUACACAGAUGGCCAUGCAACCUGCCAUUCAAGUGUGGUUCGGGGAAGACCUGCCGCUCAGUCCGCGGAGCCCUCGGACGCCCAGACACGGCCCGGGGCUGGCCGACGUCUGCCAGUAUGACGAGUGGAUAGCCGUGAGGCAUGAGGCCACGCUGCUGCCCAUGCAGGAAGAUCUGUCCAUCUGGUUGUCCGGCUUGCUAGGUCUUGAAAUUAAGGCGGAAGGCUUACUGGGCGAGCUCGAUAACGGGGUGUUGCUGUGCCAGCUCAUUGAUGUUCUUCAGAGCACGGUGACAGCCUGCAGCACUGAGGAGCCGGAGAAUUUUCCACUGAGGAAAGUGCCUUGUAAGAAAGAUGCUGCUUCGGGCUCCUUCUUUGCCAGGGACAACACCGCGAACUUCCUCCGCUGGUGCCGGGACAUCGGGGUGGACGAGACGUACCUCUUUGAAUCUGAGGGUUUAGUUCUACACAAAGAUCCGAGGCAAGUGUAUCUUUGUCUUCUUGAAAUUGGCCGAAUCGUGUCAAGGUAUGGGGUUGAGCCACCAGUGUUAGUGAAACUUGAGAAAGAAAUCGAGUUCGAAGAGACUUUGCUUAACACUUCUGGGCCCGAAGAGUCCAUCAGCAUCCCGAAGUCGUGCUGUCAGCACGAGGAACUGCACGAGGCCGUUAAACACAUUGCUGAAGACCCUCCGUGCAGCUGUUCUCAUCGAUUUUCUAUUGAGUACUUAUCUGAAGGCCGCUACCGACUGGGGGAUAAAAUACUCUUUAUACGGAUGCUGCACGGGAAGCACGUCAUGGUCCGCGUCGGUGGAGGCUGGGAUACUCUUCAAGGCUUUUUGCUGAAGUAUGAUCCCUGUCGAAUAUUACAGUUUGCUACACUGGAACAAAAAAUUCUAGCAUUUCAAAAAGGAGUUUCUAACGAAAGCAUCCCAGACUCCCCGGCCAGAACGCCUCAGCCUCCUGACAUGAAUCCUCUGUCAGCGGUGGAUGAGUUUCAGAAACAGAGUUUAAAGCCUGGGGUGCCAGCCAGUAUCCCCAAGGGGAAGGAGAAGCCCGGGCGUGUGCUGGGUGCACUGGGGCCGGCAGCUGCACUCAGAGGGCACGCGGGUGCCACCUUGGGCCGACCCAAGUGUCCAGCUCCUCCAGCCGCACCCUCUCAGCCCACACUCAAGUCUUGCAAGGGUGCAAGGAGAAAACCACUUGCUGCUUCUGAUCAGGUGUCGUCCUCCCCCGCUCCUUCAAGUCCAGUAGGCAGAAGCGCUUGCCCACUCACCUUAUCAAGGACCAGCCCCGGCGCUCCCGGGCCAGUGAGGAGAUGCAGGGUCGCCUCCAGGACGCCUAAGGCCCAGGCUCUUCUGACCCAGCGCGCAGGGGAUCUGCCCGCCUCUGCACCUUCGCCAGGUAAAUGUCCUAGAGCAGCAGAACCCAAGCACUUGAAACACAGCCCUGUGUCUUGCAGGCGUGAUGCCCCUGUAGGUUUGUCAUCGAAGUGCCCAAAGGUGCCUAAAGCAAAGCUGUGCGCGGUGCCCAAAACUCCUCUCCAGUCCCCUGCGAAAAGGACAAAGCCCAGCUCCCAGAGCACAGCUGCAGGUCCAGGAGCCCCGCGGGCCGGGGCGACCCCACAGAAACCUAAGUCGGCCUUGGGUUUAAAGCAGCCGCUUUCCGUAGCCUCCGUUUUUCCUGCCAGAGCUGCCCAGGACCCAGAGGAUAAGAGCACAGCUCCAGUUGCCAAAAAGCCGCCUCCCAAUAAAAGCACGUCCCUGAAGACAGCGCCCGGCUCCUCGAAGCCUGCCGGCCGCACCCCUCUGUCCAUCGUGAGCGUUCCUCAGACUUCCGCCAGGACACAGACCGCACAGACUAAGUCGGCACAGAUGGCCACCAGGGGCCCGCACUCAGCCAAAGGGGCUCCACGGGGUGGCAGGGCCCCCGCCGCACCCAGGAAGCCUCCCACAUCCACGGCAGCAGAGAGGGGGGACCAGAAACUCACCCCAAAGACAAAGGAAGCUGGGGACCACUAUUUUGUUAUGACUGGGAGUAAAAAACCUAGAAAAUAAAUAGGUUUGUGUCAUUUUAAGAGAUGGCAAAGGAGCGGCGGGGUGGCUUCACGUGUUAAAGGUUUAUUUUGUUCGUGUUUGUCCAAAGGGGAGCAGAUGCGAGUGUGGCCCGGGGGGCCGGGGGAGGGCUGCGCCAGGGUUAGUGUGCGGCCCCUCCGAGGGCAGCUCACUGUGUGAGGGCACCUCUGUGGCUCUGUCCGGAGCGGGUUUGUGCAUGUCUGCCCUCCAGGGGAGUGCAAAAGUCGAGUAACACUACUGGAAUCACAGUUAUGCUUGCUUUAUUUUCUAAUAGGUGUGAAGUAUGGUGGUUACACACCAGCCCAGUAACAGUGGUGCUUUUAAUAAUAUAAGUUGCAUUUUAGCAAAAAAAAAAAAAAAAAGCAACAGUUUCACUUAGCCUACAAAAGGCAACUAAUACAAUUUCCUGGUGUCCAGCAAGACUGUGCACCAGUGGCUGCUGCUGACCGGCGUGGCAUUAGUUCAGUACACGUUUCAUUAAGUCUAAGUGUUGUAAAUCACGAGGCACUGAUCUUCUAAAACCUGGCUUAUAUUAAUAAUGAUAAUAUUUUGUUACUUUUGAUAACAAUUUAUUGAAACAUAAGCUGAAAUUUAGUAAAAGAAUCAGAUUUUGAUACACUACCUGUGAACAUUGAGACACCUUACACGCUGAGAUGGAUUUUGUGCAAUGUGGCAGGGAAAACUCAGUAGCUUUUAGCAAAAUGAAAUAUUUAAAUUAAUUUUCUAUGAGAGCAGAUACGAAUUUUUACAUUAAAAUAAUGCGCUUAAGAUCAAAAUUAUGUUUUAACAAUUUUAAAAUUAAGAUGUAAUAGAAUCUUAAAGUGAUAUUCUAUAAAAAUUCUAUGGUUAUUUUUCUUUGGGUUGUAUAAUACCAGUUUUAGAUGCUUUCAGCUCUGUUAAUUUUCUGUAAUAAAGUUAUGCUGCCUUGCUUUCCCGUGGCCGUAGACGGCUCGUCUGCCGCAGGGAUGCUCAGGAAACACCUCCGGGUCCUGUGACGGCAGGCGCUGUGCAUCCAGGAGGAUCCUUGUAAAUAAUUUAUUUAAAGGACUGGGACUAUUUAAAUAUUAUUAAUGUACUUUGAGAAGCUAAGGGUGUUUUGAGUAACUUCACAGUGUUGUCACUUAGCACAAGUUGUAUGUUCAAUAUUGAGAUUUGUGUUUGUUUUAAACUCACCUAUAUUUUCUAAAGGAGAACAACAGCUUACACAAAUGUACAAAGUAAGCAUCUUAAGUUGGUUUCUAACAUUCUGUUAAAAAUCAAAGACAUAGGCUAGUUUUGGUGUAAUGGAUGCAUCUCAUGGAGUCAUCAGAUAUUUGGUUUACUUCCUGUAUUGAUUUGGACAUUGAGAGAAUAUAUGUCUUUGGGAAGUAAAAUCAAUGCUAAAGAGAAAAGUAGGGGCCUCACUUUUUGAGUAAUCAAAAAUAUUUCAUGCACCUUUUAAGGAGGAAGAAUUAUGAGGUUUAUUCUGCGAUCAAGUAACAUUUGUAUGUUAGUAUUGUUUAAAACUUAAAAGGAAAAGAAACAAAAAUGAUACUGUAGCUGGCCUGUGGGUUCAAGUAGGUUUUACAAUAUGUAAACACUUAAGUUUGGUCAGAGGAAGCAGAAAUAAAAGUGUCCCACAUGUUCCUAGCACGGGUGCCAGGGUUAAUCAAAGAACUGCUUAUUUGAAAAGCUGAAAAUCAACUUGUAAAUCAGUUCUUUAGUAAGAGGGAAUUUCUCCAAUUGUAUUCAUGUUGGGUGAAUGUUUCUAUGAAGCUUACCUUUAUACCUUACUUUAUAUAGGUGUUGUAGGAAGAAACAAUACCUGAAAGACAAUUUCUUCAAAUAUAUUUUGACAUUUUCCUAAAGUGCUAGUGUUUCUAAUCACAAUUUUUAAAGUAGAUUUUGCAUUGUUGAAGUGGGGAUUUCACUUCUUAAUAGUGCAGUUUUUAUACAUUCUUUUUUCAUGUUUAAUAAAACAAGUAUUAAAUUACUGAAGUGCCUGGAAGAAGAAAUAAUGUGGAGUUCUUAUUUUUUCUAUAUUUUUUUAAUGUGAUUAAUAUAUAGAACUUCAGAGGAAAAGGGAAUAUUGAUUAUUUUUACAAAUUUCAGGUUUCCAGUAGAUCUUUAAGGCCGGUGUCUUCAAAAUAGCUUGCUAAAUUAAGUGACUUUGAACUUUCCUCUCUAUAAUGAGUCUACAAUUCUCUAUAGCAGAGGAAUUUUUAAAGGGGAAAAGAAUAUCAUUUCUUCUGCAGCCUCUUCAUCUCGAGCUGCUUUAAAAUCUUGUCAUUUUUAAAGGCUUUCAGUAGCAGGUUGUUAGAUGCAUUCUUACAUCCUGGCCUCCAAACUGAGUCUACUCAAAUCCACAUUUGUGUCUCAUUCUUUACUUGUGCCAGUAAUAUUUGUAUCCAGUUUUAACAUACAUUUUCUCAAGUAUUAAAGUUUAAAUAGAAA